UCAAGUUGGCUUAACAUUGGAGGGAGUUUGUGUGUGUUUUUCUUCCACCAGUCUGUGACCUGCUCCAGGAAAAAGGAUGGUAUCAUACAACGCCCCGCCUCUUUGUAUGUAGAGUUUCUUUUCUGGUGCGCUGUUCAACUUACGCUCACAUCAGAGCUUCAGUCGUACAUGCAACCAUGAACCUGAUCUUGAUAACAGCUUUCCUCCUCUGCAGCCUCAGCUGGGUCUCUGUCUCAGGUUCUGAGUCUCAGACUGUGGAGUUCCAGUCUGGUGAUGAUGUCACACUGAAGUGCUCCAACAUGUCCAAAACUGAUGCCAUCACAUUCUGGUUCAGACUUCUCAAGAGAACGAAUGUCCACUGUAUCUCAGUUAUGACCAGGUCUACCAGCAUACCAGUAUUCUGUGAUGGAUACGGUCACGGCAAAUUCUCCAUGUGGUCCAAUACCUCGACUAUCUCUCUCAAAAUCCAGUCAGUGGAACUGUUCGACUCUGGACUUUAUUUCUGUGGAUUUUAUGCAGAUGGACGUCCAUCUUUCAGUCUGAUACACCUAAAGAUCAAAGGCAGCAGUGAUGCACAUGAUGACACAGACAGCGAGCAUACAAAGGGGUGUGAUGGGGUAGCUCCACUGGCGAGUAUGAUCCUGGGUGGCGUGACUGUCUUCCUCGUGGUGGUCAUCGUCGGUCUGGUUGUUAGAAACAGGAAACUUCAGACGGCUGAUAAAGAAGGACAGAAUCCAGGACAGAGUGAGAGUGUGGCCUCUGGAGACCUGAACUACGCAGCAGUAACAGUUCGACCUAAAGCAAGAAGAAGAGAGCCGGAGCCAAAUGUUGUUUAUGCUGCCACCAGAUAAAAAGAGAGAGAGGAGGUGACUGGAAGUGAUGUGGUAUCAUACAGUGUUACAAUGCUUUUGGCUUAUUAGUUAGAGUUAACCAAUCUUGUGUUACGAAUAAGGAUCUGAUAAACGCUCCCUAUACUGCAAAGCUUCAAGAGGGAAACUAGAGGGAACUACUUAGGACAUGGAUUAUUAUUAUGAGGGUCUUAGACUUCGGGUGGACGUCUGCAGCAGUCAGGGGCGGUAGAAGUACUCGCCUCCCCUUUAACAGGAAGAAACAGCUCAGUGUGGUCUGAGCGGAACUGAGAGGCAACACUUGAGCCUUGGUAGAUCACAGGUUUCUAAAAAUAAAAAGCUGUAUGAGAAAAUAAAAUACUGAGCUGAGGACAUUCAAAGCCUCUUCAUCUUCAUGAAACGUUAAUAAAAUAAACAGUAAUGUCUGAACUGGAGGUCUCAUCUUUGUUAGCACAAUGUAUAUAAUGAAAUGCAUGGAUGUGUGUACAUGGCAAUGAGAGAUUAGACCCAAAUGCAGGUUCAAAAAUCCAGGACAAGGUGUCUCUUCUGUAAAGUUUAGCACUCACUGAAAGAUUGUAUAAAUCUUGAGAGAGCCCCAAAAACAAGGACAAUAAGGACAGAUUUAACAGUUGUGUUUGUAUAGUGUGUGUUGUGCAGCGAGGUGACCAACAAACACACCACACACAAAAAGAUUCUCUUCACCAGAAUCCACACUCAGAACUGACACCAAAAACUAAACUGAAAAUCUCAUGAAAUGUCUUCAGAGUAAACAAACAUGGCCGACUACAGGGGCUAACUGUUGUUAGCUUCUUAGCUUCCUGCUACAUUCACUGCGGCCAUCAUUUCUGUUCAGCUUCUCUUCUUGUCAGUUUGAAUGUGAUAUGUUUUACAGAGCAUGCCGUGUAAACAUUGUGUUGUUUUAACAAAUCAACAAGUUGGUCCACCAUCUCUGACGUCCGUCUAAGUUGAUGCUAUGUGCUAACUAUUGUUGCUAUAGCUGCGUUUGUUGUGCUUCCUUCUUUUGUCAGCUUGCUUCCUGAUUGGCUGUCGUUUCAUUACGUGUGACAGUCCACAGAGUGUGUGCUCAGUCCAAACAUCUGUUGCAAAAAUGUACCAAACAUGGUCUGAAGAUUCAUUGGAGGCUUUCAUUCUGCAUCAUUUGUACUCUUCCUGAAAGUAUUGGCUCAGUCUCUGUAACUGGAGACUCAUCAACCAGUCCCUCUUCCUCACGCUGACAGCACACUGAAUGGUUCAAGCUCAGUCCAAAAAAAAAAACUGUAUGUCUCUUUUUGCUUUUUUAAUUAACUUUAAAUAAAGCUUUACUUCUCAAACUUUA